AUGGAUUCCCCACACUCGAAUUCCUCAUCUGAAGAAUCGAUUUUUCACGAGCAGGUAUAUUUUUGACAUAAUAAUUACCCCUUUGGCUAAACAUGUUCUUUCAGACACGAAAAUUGUUCAAAUUGUGUGAUACCCAAAAUUUGGGUUUUGUGACAAAUGUAAGUGUUUUUGUUUGAAAUUGUUGUAUGUUUUUUGUUGUCCCUUAGGGAACUUGUGAUUUUUAACAUUUCAUUUUUCAUUCUCAAGUUAAUCAAGAAUAUUUUAAUGAAUGAAAACUACAAUUUCGCACUAUAAAUUUCUUUUAAAUAACUGUAAACAAAAAAUGUAUCAACGAGUUAUUAUUCACAUUUUCAUUGCUGUUCGGAAAUUUUUUAUGAUCGCCUAAAACACAAAAAUAGACUCUAAAAGAUCAUAAAUCCCAAAUUCCCUCUAUAACUCAAAAUAAAAAAUUUCAGUCUGAUUUAUCAAAUUUAUCCGACCUAAUUCCACCCGACGAUCUUCUUCGACUCAAAAAAUUCAUCGGUGAUCAAAAAAUCAACGAAUCUGCAUUUUGUCGGAUUCUGAAAGCAAUAGUUAGCCAAACUCAAAUUAUAAAAUACGAUGAAUCAAAAAGUUUGGAAGAUGAAAUGAAGGAAAUUGAAAAAAAGAAAAGUUUUAUUGAAGACCCGGUUACUGAAAUGUUGCAAAAAGAACUCGAAGAAAUCAAAAAAUAUGAGGAAAGUCAAUUGGAAACACAGGAAAUUGUUAUUAAAGUGAGUUAUUGGGUUGAAAAAUUAACAUGAUAUUGAUGUUCUAUACAAAAACAACUACAGUAAUCCAUAACUUUCUUUCAUAUCAGAAACCACUGUUCCGACCAAUUCAAGAGCCCUACAUUCCAAAAAUCUCCUCAUUAGCCGACGAAUUAACAGCAGCUGAAAAAGGUUUAGAAAGUGUUAAAGAAGUUGAUGAAUUUGAAGAAGAGUUAGCCCAACCUGAUCGCAUUUUCAAAGUUGUUUUUGUUGGCGAUUCGGCGGUCGGGAAGACUUGCUUUUUACACAGGUUGGUUAAUUUUUUUCGACGUAGUUUCAAACUAAAUAUAUUUUUCUAAAGAUUUUCUGAACCACUUGGUUAAUCAAGUAUCAAUUUUUCUUUAGAUUUUGUCACAACCGCUUCAAACCUUUGUUCAAUGCUACAAUUGGUGUGGAUUUCACUGUGAAAACGAUGAAAAUUCAUCCAGGAAGAACAAUUGCGAUGCAAUUGUGGGACACGGCUGGACAAGAAAGGUACGGUACUAUUUUCGCGCGCAGUGUCAUUUUCUGAAAACAUUGUCCAUUUUCCAGAUUCCGAUCAAUCACCAAACAAUAUUUCCGAAAAGCCGACGGAGUUGUACUGAUGUUUGAUGUGACUUCGGAACAAAGUUUCCUAAAUGUUCGAAAUUGGAUCGCGUCAGUUCAAGCGGGCGUCGAUGAAUCGAGUGUAAUGUGUUUGGUAGGAAAUAAAGUCGAUUUAUUUGGAAGCGAUUUGACAAGAAGUUCAGUUUACAAAGCUGGUGAUAAAUUGGCUCGAGAAUUCAAUAUUCCAUUUUUUGAGACAAGUGCUUACACGGGAUAUGGAAUUGAUUCGUGUAUGAGAAGAAUGGCUGAGUAAGUGAAAAGACUUUCCAAAAAAUCAUGUAGUUUUUGAUUAUUGUCAAAUUUUGUCAAGUUUUGAAAAUGAGCUAUGACGUGGGAAAGUUCUUCUAAAAGAAUUUUAGAAUGAAAAAACCCCAAAAGUUUGCCACGUUAUAAAUCUUCUUCUGAAACAAUCUAAAACUUUUCAGAUGUUUACAACGCCGCGAGGACAAUCAUUUGGAAAACGCUCUGAAAUUAGACAUGGAACCAAAUGUCAAAGGAAAAAGCUGGUGUUGUAUAUAA